UUUUGGCAUUUAAGCUUAAGCCAGCCGAACUCUAAUCAUGCGUAAUAAUAGGAGAAUGCCUUCUAAAUAAUAUAGUCAUAUCCCAGCACAUGCCUAAAACAUCGAUAUGGAGCAAUAUGUGAAACAGGAAAAAAUUGGCGAGGGCAGCUACGGCGUUGUUUACAAGGCACUAAAUCGUCUAACCGGCAAGAUAGUCGCCCUGAAGAGAGUGCGACGCAUUGCCGGCGAGGAGGGCAUGCCCGCUACUGCCAUACGUGAGAUAUCGCUGCUCAAGGAGCUGAAGCAUCCCAACAUUGUGGCGCUGCAGGAUGUGCUGAUGGUGGACAGCAGCAUUUACCUGAUCCUCGAAUACCUUUCAAUGGAUCUGCGGCAAUAUAUCAAUGCGCUGCCAACGAACCAGCUGAUGGACACGAAGCUAGUGUGCAGUUAUCUGUACCAGAUGACCAGCGCAAUACUUUACUGUCAUCGCCGGCGCGUGAUGCAUCGGGAUCUUACGCCACAGAAUUUGCUGAUCGACAGCCACGGGCACAUCAAGGUGGCCGACUUUGGUCUCAGCUGCUAUUUCCAGGUGCCAUUGCGUGCGCUCACCCACGAGGUGGUCACACUGUGGUACCGGGCGCCCGAGAUCCUGAUGGGCUGUCCACGUUACGCCUGCCCGGUGGAUAUCUGGUCGAUUGGCUGCAUAUUCUUUGAGAUGGCCACCGGGAAGCCCCUGUUCCAGGGCGACUCCGAAAUAGAUCAGCUGUUUCGCAUAUUCCACAUGCUAGGCACACCCACUGAGGCUAACUGGCCGGGUGUGUCCGCACUGCCGGACUUCAAGAGCACCUUUCCCAACUGGACAAACAAUAAAAUAAACCAGCUAAUGACCAGCCUGGGCUGUAACAACUCGGCCGUGGACUUGCUGGCCGGGAUUAUGGUCUAUGAACCCGCGCGUCGCUUAUCGGCCGAGCAAAUUCUGGAACAUGCCUAUUUCAAGGAUAAUGCCAGUGCUUAAAAACGUAACGAAAAUUAAGCCCAACUAUUUGCAAGUUGCAUGCGGUAUUUAUUUAUCCAAGUGCAAUUGCGGUCUCGAACUGUCAAUAAAAAUAGGAAAAAAAAAACAAUAUGUGCAUAUAUAUCAUUUAUAUAACACGCACGUGUUAAGUGGCCCUAUAAACGGAUUAAAGCCCGCACAGGUAAAAUAAAUUUAAUUAUUUUACGCUACGCUUGACGAAACGGAAGAACUGAAACGCGUUGCUUCUCCAUAAAGUUAAUAGGCUCGACUCUUGCAUGACUGCCCGAAGGGUCACAGGUCCUGA